GUGCUGCCAGAACAAUAGCACUAGCCUAGUGAACUGAAACGAUAGUUGGAACCUAGGUAGUGAGCUCCUUGCUAAGUGCUGGCACUGGCUUUGCUACAUGGUGCUCUGAAAAGAUGGCAACAGACUGGCAAGCUUUAGCUAUUGAGAAAGCCGAGUUGAUAUCCAGUGGUAUCAGACAGCUGUUAUCCUCCGGCCAGGGAUACUUUAGAUCGGAGUUUGGUGUGGAAUUGGGUCUAACACCCGAGAUUUACCCGUCAUGGGUGAUUCUCUCCACCGCGGUGGUUGGGCUGCUGGUGGUGCUGGUUCUUUCGUGGGCCGCGUUUUGUGGCAGAUUCUUCGGUGGAAAAAAGAAACGAGUUUUGGUUACCCAAGAGAGUGACGACUUACUUAGGGCCCAAGUAAUUAAGAUUGGAAAGCCAGAGGAACAAAAGAAAAAGACUAAAAAGAAAUCAAACGAAAAGAAGGCUCAGUCUAACGGUCGCACAGUGCCAGAGAAUCAACAGGAAGUGAGAGACAUUGUUGAAAUCUCCAACCCAUCUCCAGAGAUCAAAACUGAAAAGGUGAAGAAGAACAAGAAGAAAGCCAAACCUGAGGUAAAACAAGCCAAGACAGUCUCUGCUUCAGAUGGGAAAGAACCUGAUGACGGCGCCUGGGAGACGAAGGUGAGUAACCGUGAGAAACGGCAGCAGAAGAGGAAGGAGAAGGGCCCUGACGGGGGGGUGGAGGUACCACACUACCCAGCGGAGCAACUCCUUCCCCCCGCCCCGCCUACCGCUCUGGCCACGCCCCCACCCACAGCCCCGCCCACCUCCCGGAGGGGUAGAGUCCUCUUAGAACCGAUGCGGACCGUGGUGAAGGGAAACACCGUCAUGGCUCCAGGGUCGACCAGCUGGAGAGAGGAGCACUCGGUCAACGGUGGAGGGUGGUCUGACAUCUCCAUGAAGCUGCCAGUCCAGUUAAGUGCCUCAGAUGUGGAGAAGUGGCCUGCUAUCCCCAAAAUCCCCCGACACAGGAACCCAGAUCCCAGCUGGGGACAGGAGACUGAAGGGUCGUGGCUUGGUAUUGACAGGAGAAUGAAGACUGAACUCAAAACAGUGCCGUUCCCUGUGGUUGGUCUGGGCUCCGCGGAACCCCUCUCCACCCCUGCUGCUGAGCUCACAUGGGAAGGUGUUCCUCAGCCUGCUGAUGAUGACUGGACUGGACUGAAUGGGAUUACUGCAGCAGACCCCAGCUCGGACUGGAAUGCACCCACAGAAUUGUGGGGGAAUUAUGAGGAGCCGUCGGCGGUGGUGGCCUGUGUCCCGCCCCCACAGGACUCAGCACCCCGCCCCCAGGACUCAGCACCCCGCCCCCAGGACUCAGCACCCCGCCUCCAGGGGACCAAAGGCUCUGACGAGGAGAAGGAGAAGGAUGACCCUGCUGGUGGGGCUGUGAAGUCCAAGAAAAAGAAGAAGAAGAAGAAGAAACCGGAGGAGGAGGGGGGGGCAGCCCAGAUGUCCUCUGACAGCAGCACAGUGACUCCAGUGGAGACAUCAUCACUUCCACCUCCAGCUGCAACACGGUCGUCCGGCCCGAUUGCCUCUUCACAGAAAUUAUCUGAUCCGAGCUUCGAGGCUCCCAAACCGUCCCAGAAGAAGAAAGCCCGGAGAGAAACAUGAAUUUGAGAAACAAGAACCCACGUUAAUUAUAUGCAAAAGGAUUGUUUGUUAUAAAUGCAAUAAUUUGUAAGUACAGACUUGUAUGCAGGAUAAGUUGACUCUACUUUUUCAAUAUCCCCAAAAAAAGAUCAAAGAGCAAUUAGUUGGACCAACUCAUCAGUUUUCUGGUCCUGUCAGAUAUUUGGACCAGUUCAUCUGUUUUUUGGUCCUGUCAGUGAUUUGGACCAGUUCAUCUGUUUUUUGGUCCUGUCAGAUAUUUGGACCAGUUCAUCAUGGUUCUGGUCCUGUCAGCUCUAUCUAACCUACAUGCCCUCUACACUAUACUGCAGCAGAACAAAUGAUUUAGGAGGGAGGGUGUUGAACUUGUAGUGAGGUACACAUUUAGAAAAUAUAAUUUUUCAGUGAUAUCAAGCUUCUUUUUUAUCUAUGUUUAUCUUAAAUAACCCAAAUGUAUACAUGUUUUCUUAAAGUAAUGCAAAGAAUUUUUUUAUAAAAGUGCUUUUUUUUUUGUUUUAUAUUGGUGGAAUAUCAGUGUUGACGGUUACGGCUAAUGAUAUUGUUGCCGUGGUUACGGCUAAUGAUAGCGUUGCUGGUGGUUACAGCCAGUAAACCUGUGUCAAACUAUUAUCAGAGGUAGGUUAUCGAUGGUCCAUCUGCAGAAGGAAAAGCCACUGGAAGGUUUUGAAAUGAAUUGGACAGAGCUCCAGUGGGAGGCAGUAUGGCUAAUUGGACAGAAUGCUCCUGCGCUCCAGUAGGAGGCAGUAUGGCUAAUUGGACAGAGUACUCAACGCUCCUGUAGGAGGCAGUAUGGUUAAUUGGACAGAGUGCUCCAGUAGGAGGCAGUAUACGAGGGGGGAUUUGGCUGCAACUGUGAUUACACACUAAUAGUAUUUUCUUCUCAAUGUGUUUCUCUUUCGGAGUAUCUUUUUCUCACUGAUCUGGUUAGUGUACCUUUUGGACCUUUUAUUGAAUUGUUCUGAUUGUAUUGAGAAGGUCUUGUGAGCUUAGCUGUGUAUCGGAGGGUGUUUAUCGUAACCAGUCUUUUCUUCCAACCUCUUGUGUGGUGGAAAAAGCCAUGCCAUAUGUACAGAAUAUAAGGGCUUUUUCUAAUGUGGAAUUUUUCUGUGAUUGAAUGCACUGUGCUGACUGUGUACCUUAUCUACGUUUUCAUGAUUAUUUUCUGAAGAAGACUGUUCAGAGGAAUGUGAAGGUGCUAUUUCUGCUAGUGGAUUUAGAUGAAAGUGAAUGUGAUGUGGAGGAGAUGGUCCUUGGAGAGACAUUGUGUUGAGCAGCUUUAAUUCCAUGUCAGUCAUUUUAAACGGUAUCAGGAAUUGAAUUCUAUUGCCUUAACCUUUAGUGUAUUAGUGUGUUUUUGUGGAUUUCUUUACAUCUCCUUUUUUUAUAAUAUUCAGACCGGGGGAGGGGGACCCUUUUACAGGUUUGAUGUCCAAAAUGAGUUUACUCUCUUGCAUGACUUUGAUAUCCAUUCUCUCACAUUCUGAUUAGAGAAUGGGCUGAGUUUUACUUCUGUUCACACUAGUGCUCCUCUCGUUACACUUCCUGUUAAUAUCCUUGAAUGACAUGAGGGACGACUGAGCUUCCAGAUUGAGGGCUGGCAACCUGCGCUUCAGCUGAAAUCAAAUGGACUGUGUUUCUCAUAGCUUUGUCGUUUGUACAGAAUAACCGGUCUGUAUGGAGGUUUUAUAGGUAGAGCAGUCUGAUGAAUUGAACAGAAGCCACAUAGACCUGCCUGUUGAUCAUUGAAAUGUAAGUGAUUAUUCAAUCAAUGUAUUUAUACCUUGUCCUUAGAAAAAUAACAUUUUUGAGGAAUGAUUUUGUUUAUUGAAGAAAUGCAAUGAUAUUUGUAUGUUGAAAUUAAAAUAACAAAAAAUGCUAAAAAAAAUUAGCACCAAGUUUUAA